AUGCUGUCUGCAAUUGUCUUCGCGUUUCGGUUGGAAUCCCCGUUCUUUGACAAGGACAAUAGUGGGAAACUGGACAAUACUGAGCUGGAUGCUGCCUUGGCUAUGGUGACUACCAAGAUCCCCGGGUGCCCCACCCUGCCCGCCUCUGUGUCUAAGAGCAUCAUGGCUAAAAUCGACAUCAACAAGGAUGGCAGCUGCACCAAGGAAGAAUUCCACGAGUUCACAAAGCAAUAUCUGCAUCAGGCAAAGAAGCAAGAGUCUGUUGAGGAACAAAAAGCGUAA